CCGUAACCAUGGUGCUCAAUAGCGUGGCUAAGACGGUCCAGCUGCAGAAGAACGCCGCCAACAUCAGGAACAUCUGUGUCUUGGCUCACGUCGACCACGGAAAAACUACUCUUGCUGAUUGUCUUAUAUCUAGCAAUGGAAUCAUCUCCAGCCGCCUGGCAGGCAAGUUGCGGUACCUGGACAGCAGGGAGGACGAGCAGGUCCGGGGGAUCACCAUGAAGUCCAGCGCCAUCUCACUACAUUUCGCCCAAGGUGGCGAGGAGUACCUGAUUAAUCUGAUAGACUCCCCCGGGCAUGUGGAUUUCUCUUCUGAAGUGUCAACCGCUGUCCGGAUUUGUGAUGGCUGCAUCAUCGUGGUGGACGCUGUGGAAGGGGUCUGCCCACAGACCCAGGCUGUUCUGCGACAAGCUUGGCUGGAAAACAUUCGUCCAGUAUUGGUGAUCAAUAAGCUGGACCGCUUGAUAGUAGAGCUAAAAUUCACCCCACAGGAGGCCUAUUCUCAUCUUAAGAAUAUUUUAGAACAGAUUAACGCACUGACGGGAACUCUUUUUACAUCUAAAGUCCUAGAAGAAAGAGCAGAGAGGGAGGCAGAAUCCCACGUGAAUGCAAGCUCUGAGCCCGGGGAACAGGUGUACGACUGGAGCGCUGGCCUGGAAGACACAGACGAUUCCCACCUGUACUUCUCUCCAGAGCAGGGCAACGUGGUCUUUACCAGCGCAAUUGAUGGCUGGGGCUUUGGAAUCGAACACUUUGCCAAAAUCUAUAGUCAAAAAAUUGGCAUCAAAAAGGAAGUUCUUUUGAAAACUUUGUGGGGAGAUUAUUACGUAAAUAUGAAGGCUAAGAAGAUUAUGAAGGCCGAUCAGGCCAAAGGAAAGAAACCUUUAUUUGUGCAGUUGAUCCUGGAAAAUAUAUGGAGCUUGUAUGAUGCUGUCUUGAAAAAGGAUAAGGAAAAAAUCGACAAAAUAGUGACUUCUUUAGGACUGAAACUCGGAGCCCGGGAGGCACGACAUUCAGACCCCAGGGUCCAGAUCAACGCCAUCUGCAGCCAGUGGCUUCCCAUAUCCCACGCUGUCCUUGCUAUGGUGUGUCAGAAGCUGCCCAGUCCUCUGGAGAUUACAUCAGAGAGAGUGGAGAGGCUGAUGUGUGCGGGAUCACAGACGUUUGACUCCCUUCCGCCUGAAACCCAAGCCCUGAAAGCAGCUUUUAUGAGCUGUGGGAGUGAGGACACGGCUCCCGUCAUUAUCUUUGUUUCCAAAAUGUUUGCCGUGGAUGCCAAGGCCUUGCCUCAGAAUAAGCCCAGGCCUCUCACACAAGAAGAGAUUGCUCAGAGACGGGAGCGUGCAAGGAAAAGGCAUGCAGAGCGACUCACAGCUGCACAGGGCCUGGCACCCGCAGAGGCCAGCCCCGACGGGAGCACCCUUCAGACGAGCCCACAGGAGCAGGAGCCAAAAGGUGAUGAGCAGGAAGUGGAAAGUGUGGCUCCCACCCCGCUGCCCCAGGAAGAACCCAGCCAGGAGUCUUUCAUUGCAUUUGCUCGAGUGUUCAGUGGCGUGGCUCGAAAGGGAAAGAAGAUUUUUGUUUUGGGGCCCAAGUACAGUCCUCUUGAAUUUUUGCAACGGGUGCCGUCUGGCUUCUCUGCGCCGCUGGAUGACCUCCCUCCAGUCCCUCACAUGGAGUGCUGUGUGCUGGAGAGCCUGUAUCUCCUCAUGGGUCGGGAGCUGGAGGAACUGGAGGAGGUGCCCCCCGGGAACGUGCUCGGGAUAGGAGGCCUUCAGGAUUUUGUGCUGAAGUCUGCAACCCUGUGCAGCCUGCCGUCCUGCCCCCCGUUCAUUCCACUCAGCUUUGAAGCCGCCCCCAUCGUGAGAGUUGCUGUUGAGCCAGAACAUCCAAGUGAGAUGCCGCAGCUCGUGAAAGGGAUGAAGCUGCUGAACCAGGCCGAUCCCUGCGUGCAGAUCUUAAUUCAGGAGACAGGGGAACACGUUUUGGUCACAGCGGGAGAAGUCCAUCUGCAGCGGUGCUUGGAUGACCUAAAAGAAAGGUUUGCGAAGAUUCGCAUCAGUGUAUCUGAACCCAUUAUUCCAUUCCGAGAAACGAUCACCAAACCCCCGAAGGUGGACAUGGUCAAUGAAGAAAUUGGCAAACAACAGAAGGUUGCAGUCAUACACCAAACAAGAGAGGAUCAGAACAGAGUCCCUGAAGGCGUCCAAGUCGACUCAGAUGGGCUGGUCACCAUGACCACUCCCAACAAGCUGGCCACACUCAGUGUGCGGGCCUUGCCCCUUCCAGAAGAGGUCACUCAGAUCCUGGAAGAAAACAGCGAUUUGAUCCGUUCCAUGGAGCACUUGACCUCCGCUAUGAAUGAGGGCACAAGUACUAAAGUGAUUCAUCAGAAGACCCAGGAGAAAAUCUGGGAAUUCAAAGGAAAACUAGAGCAACACCUAACAGGAAGGAAAUGGAGGAAUACCGUGGACCAAAUCUGGUCAUUUGGCCCAAGAAAAUGUGGGCCCAAUAUCCUAGUGAAUCAGAGUGAGGACUUUCAGAACUCGGUGUGGGCAGGCCCCGCAGGCAGAUCGUCGGGAGAAGCCAGAAGAUACCGGGAUUUCGGCAAUAGCAUUGUGAGCGGCUUCCAGCUGGCGGCCCUCUCCGGCCCCAUGUGCGAGGAGCCCCUCAUGGGUGUCUGUUUUGUCCUGGAGAAAUGGGACCUGAGUAAAUUUGAGGACCAGGGAACCAAUGACGAACCGAGUCAAGAGCAAAGUGGCACGGUACUGGGAGAGCAGCAGGGGGAAAGUGAGACCCCUCUGAGUGGGGACCCAGACCAGGAGCAGCAAGACAGCUGCAUGGAGCUCUGCGAGAAGAUGGCAUCCCAGAAAGGAGACGCGUUGGUCUCUGACUGCUACGGCCCCUUCUCGGGGCAGCUGAUCGCCACCAUGAAAGAGGCCUGUCGCUACGCACUGCAGGUGAAGCCGCAGCGCCUGAUGGCAGCUAUGUACACGUGCGACAUCAUGGCCACCAGCGAUGUCCUCGGGCGAGUCUAUGCUGUCUUGUCAAAGAGAGAAGGUCGAGUGCUUCAAGAAGAAAUGAAAGAAGGCACCGACAUGUUCAUCAUCAAGGCUGUGCUGCCUGUGGCCGAGAGCUUUGGCUUUGCUGAUGAAAUCAGGAAGAGGACCAGUGGCCUUGCCAGCCCUCAGCUGGUGUUCAGCCACUGGGAGGUCAUCCCCAGCGACCCCUUCUGGGUGCCCACCACCGAGGAGGAGUACCUGCACUUCGGGGAGAAGGCGGACUCUGAGAACCAGGCCCGGAAGUACAUGAAUGCCGUGCGGAAGCGGAAAGGGCUCUACGUGGAGGAAAAGAUCGUGGAGCACGCCGAGAAGCAGAGGACACUCAGCAAAAAUAAGUAGCUGCUCCUUGUGGAGGAUCCCUUCCCUUUCUAACGAAUGCGUGCCGU